AUGGAGCUGUCUUGGCAUGCAGUCUUUAUUGCCCUGCUAAGUGUUUCAAGCUGGGGGUCAGACUGGGAGUCUGAGAGAAAUUUCAUUUCCACCGCUGGUCCUUUAACCAAUGACUUGCUGCACAACCUGAGUGGGCCCCUGGGAGACCAGAGUUCUAACUUUGUAGCAGGGGACAAAGACCUGUACGUUUGUCACCAGCCACUGCCCACUUUCCUGCCAGAAUACUUCAGCAGUCUUCAUGCCAGUCAGAUCACCCAUUAUAAGGUAUUUCUGUCAUGGGCACAGCUCCUCCCAGCAGGAAGCACCCAGAAUCCAGACAAGAAAACAGUGCAGUGCUACCGGCGACUCCUGGAGGCCCUCGAGACUGCACGGCUUCAGCCCAUGGUCAUCCUGCACCACCAGACCCUCCCAGCCAGCACCCUCCAGAGAACCGAAGUCUUCGCUGACCUCUUUGCUGACUAUGCCACAUUCGCCUUCCACUCCUUCGGGGACCUAGUUGGGAUCUGGUUCACCUUCAGUGACUUGGAGGAAGUGAUCAAGGAGCUUCCCCACCAGGAAUCAAGAGCAUCACGACUCCAGACCCUCAGUGAUGCCCACAGAAAAGCCUAUGAGAUUUACCAUGAAAACUAUGCUUCUCCGGGCGGAAAACUCUCUGUUGUCCUGCGAGUUGAAGAUAUCCCAGAGCUCCUGCUAGAACCACCCAUAUCUGCGCUUGCCCAGGACACGGUUGAUUUCCUCUCUCUUGAUUUGUCUUAUGAAUGCCAAAAUGAGGCAAGUCUGCGGCAGAAGCUGAGUAAAUUGCAGACCAUUGAGCCAGAAGUGAAAGUUUUCAUCUUCAACCUAAAACUCCCAGACUGCCCCUCCACCACGAAGAGCCCAGCCAGGCUGCUCUUCAGCCUUUUUGAAGCCGUGAAUAAAGACCAAGUGCUCACCAUUGGGUCUGAUAUUAAUGAGUUUCUGAGUUGUUCAUCAAGUUCCGAGAAAAGCAUGUCUUGUUCUCUGACUGGCAGCCUGGCCCUUCAGCCUGAGGAGCAGCAGGACCACGAGAUCGCGGGCUCCUCUCCUGCCUCGGCCUAUCAGAGAGUCUGGGAAGCAUUUGCCAAUCAGUCCAGGGCGGAAAGGGACGCCUUCCUGCAGGACACUUUCCCCGAAGGCUUUCUCUGGGGUGCCUCCACGGGAGCCUUUAACGUGGAAGGAGGCUGGGCCGAGGGCGGGAGAGGGGCGAGCAUCUGGGAUCCACGCAGGCCCCUGAACACCACUGAGGGUCAAGCGACGCCGGAGGUGGCCAGCGACAGCUACCACAAGGUGGCCUCUGACGUCACCCUGCUUCGCGGCCUCCGGGCUCAGGUGUACAAGUUCUCCAUUUCCUGGUCCCGGAUCUUCCCCACCGGGCAUGGGAGCAGCCCCAGCCUCCCAGGCGUCGCCUACUACAACAAGCUGAUUGACAGGCUGCGGGACGCGGGCAUCCAGCCCAUGGCCACGCUGUUCCACUGGGACCUGCCUCAGGCCCUGCAGGAUCAUGGCGGAUGGCAGAAUGAGAGCGUGGUGGAUGCCUUCCUGGACUACGCGGCCUUCUGCUUCUCCACAUUUGGGGACCGUGUGAAGCUGUGGGUGACCUUCCAUGAGCCGUGGGUGAUGAGCUACGCAGGCUAUGGCACCGGCCAACACCCUCCCGGCAUCUCUGACCCAGGAGUGGCCUCUUUUAAGGUGGCUCACUUGGUCCUCAAGGCUCAUGCCAGAACCUGGCACUACUACAACAGCCACCAUCGCCCACAGCAGCAGGGGCAUGUGGGCAUUGUGCUGAACUCAGACUGGGCGGAACCCCUGUUUCCAGAGAGGCCUGAGGACUUGAGAGCCUCUGAGCGCUUCUUGCACUUCAUGCUGGGCUGGUUUGCACACCCCAUCUUUGUGGAUGGGGACUAUCCAGCCACCCUGAGGACCCAAAUCCAACAGAUGAACAGACAGUGCCCCCAUCCUGUGGCUCAACUCCCCAAGUUCACAGAGGCAGAGAAGCAGCUCCUGAAAGGCUCCGCUGAUUUUCUGGGUCUGUCGCAUUACACCUCUCGCCUCAUCAGCCACGCCCCACGAAACACCUGCAUCCCUAGCUAUGAUACCAUUGGAGGCUUCUCCCAACACGUGAACCAUGCGUGGCCCCAGACCUCAUCCUCUUGGAUUCGUGUGGUGCCCUGGGGGAUAAGGAGGCUGCUGCAGUUUGUAUCCCUGGAAUACACACGAGGAAAAGUUCCAGUAUACCUGGCCGGGAAUGGCAUGCCCAUAGGGGAAAGUGAAAAUCUCUUUGAUGAUUCCUUGAGAGUAGACUACUUCAAUCAAUAUAUCAAUGAGGUGCUCAAGGCUAUCAAGGAAGACUCCGUGGAUGUUCGUUCCUACAUUGCUCGUUCCCUCAUUGAUGGCUUCGAAGGCCCCUCUGGUUACAGCCAGAGGUUUGGCCUGCACCAUGUCAACUUCAACGACAGCAGCAAGUCAAGGACUCCCAGGAAAUCUGCCUACUUUUUCACUAGCAUCAUAGAAAAGAACGGUUUCCUCACCAACGGGACAAAAAGACUGCCACGACCUAAUACAGCAAACCUCCCCUCCAAAGCCAGAGCCUUCGCUUUUCCAUCUGAGGUGCCCUCCAAGGCUAAAGUCGUUUGGGAAAAGUUCUCCAGCCAACCCAAGUUUGAAAGAGAUUUGUUCUACCACGGGACCUUCCGGGAUGACUUUCUGUGGGGCGUGUCCUCUUCCGCUUAUCAGAUCGAAGGCGGGUGGGAUGCCGACGGCAAAGGCCCCAGCAUCUGGGAUAACUUUACCCACACACCAGGGAGCAAUGUGAAAGACAAUGCCACUGGAGACAUCGCCUGUGACAGCUAUCACCAGCUGGAUGCCGAUCUGAAUAUGCUCCGAGCUUUGAAGGUGAAGGCCUAUCGCUUCUCUAUCUCCUGGUCUCGGAUUUUCCCAACUGGGAGAAACAGCUCUAUCAACAGUCACGGGGUUGAUUAUUACAAUAGGCUGAUUGAUGGCUUGAUGGCAAGCAACAUCUUUCCUAUGGUGACAUUGUUCCAUUGGGACCUGCCCCAGGCCCUCCAGGAUAUCGGAGGCUGGGAGAAUCCUGCCUUGAUUGAGUUGUUUGACAGCUACGCAGACUUUUGUUUCCAGACCUUUGGUGACAGAGUCAAGUUCUGGAUGACUUUUAAUGAGCCCAUGUACCUGGCAUGGCUGGGUUAUGGCUCAGGGGAAUUUCCCCCAGGGGUGAAGGACCCAGGCUGGGCACCAUAUAGGAUAGCCCACGCCGUCAUCAAAGCCCAUGCCAGAGUCUAUCACACGUACGAUGAGAAAUACAGGCAGCAGCAGAAGGGGGUCAUCUCGCUGAGCCUCAGUACACACUGGGCAGAGCCCAAGUCACCAGGGGUCCCCAGAGAUGUGGAAGCCGCUGACCGAAUGCUGCAGUUCUCCCUGGGCUGGUUUGCCCACCCCAUUUUUAGAAACGGAGACUAUCCUGACGCCAUGAAGUGGAAAGUGGGGAACAGGAGUGAACUGCAGCACUUAGCCACCUCCCGCCUGCCAGGCUUCACUGAGGAAGAGAAGAGGUUCAUCAGGGCGACGGCCGACGUCUUCUGCCUCAACACAUACUCCUCCAGAAUCGUGCAGUACAAAACACCCAGGCUAAACCCACCCUCCUACGAAGAUGACCAGGAGAUGGCCGAGGAGGAGGACCCUUCGUGGCCUUCCACAGCAGUGAACAGAGCUGCGCCCUGGGGGAUGCGAAGGCUGCUGAACUGGAUCAAGGAAGAGUAUGGUGACAUUCCCAUUUACAUCACCGAAAAUGGAGUGGGGCUGACCGAUCCAAACGCAGAGGAUACCAGUAGGAUAUUUUACCACAAAACCUAUAUCAAUGAGGCUUUGAAAGCCUACAGGCUCGAUGGUGUAGACCUUCGAGGGUAUGUCGCCUGGUCGCUGAUGGACAACUUUGAGUGGCUGAAUGGCUACACGGUCAAGUUUGGACUGUACCAUGUUGAUUUCAACAACACGAACAGGCCUCGCACAGCAAGAGCCUCCGCCAGGUACUACACAGAGGUCAUUACCAACAAUGGCAUGCCACUGGCCAGGGAGGAUGAGUUUCUGUACGGACGGUUUCCUGAGGGCUUCAUCUGGAGUGCGGCUUCUGCUGCAUAUCAGAUCGAAGGUGCGUGGAGAGCAGAUGGCAAAGGACUCAGCAUUUGGGACACGUUUUCUCACACACCGCUGAAGGUUGAGAACGAUGCCGUCGCAGACGUGGCCUGUGACAGUUAUCACAAGAUUGCUGAGGAUCUGGUCACCCUGCAGAACCUGGGCGUGUCCCACUACCGUUUUUCCAUCUCCUGGUCUCGCAUCCUCCCUGAUGGAACCACCAGGUACAUCAAUGAAGCGGGCCUGAACUACUACGUGAGGCUUAUCGACGCACUGCUGGCCGCCAGCAUCCAACCUCAGGUGACCAUUUACCACUGGGACCUACCACAGGCGCUUCAGGAUGUGGGAGGCUGGGAGAAUGAGACCAUCGUGCAGCGGUUUAAGGAAUAUGCAGAUGUGCUCUUCCAGAGGCUGGGAGACAAGGUGAAGUUUUGGAUCACGCUGAAUGAGCCCUUUGUCGUUGCUUACCAGGGCUAUGGCUAUGGAACAAAAGCUCCAGGAAUCUUUGAUAGGCCUGGCACUGCCCCCUACAUUGUUGGCCACAACCUAAUAAAGGCUCAUGCUGAGGCCUGGCAUCUGUACAACGAUGUAUACCGUGCCAGUCAAGGUGGUGUGAUUUCCAUCACCAUCAGCAGUGACUGGGCUGAACCCAGAGAUCCCUCUAACCAGGAGGAUGUGGAGGCGGCCAGGAGAUAUGUUCAGUUCAUGGGAGGCUGGUUUGCACAUCCUAUUUUCAAGAAUGGAGAUUACAACGAGGUGAUGAAGACGCGGAUCCGUGACAGGAGCUUGGCUGCAGGCCUCAACAAGUCUCGGCUGCCAGAAUUUACAGAGAGUGAGAAGAGGAGGAUCAACGGUACCUAUGACUUUUUUGGGUUCAAUCACUACACCACUGUCCUGGCCUACAACCUCAACUAUGCCACUGCCAUCUCUUCUUUUGAUGCAGACAGAGGAGUUGCCUCCAUCGCAGAUCGCUCGUGGCCAGACUCUGGCUCCGUCUGGCUGAAGAUGACGCCUUUUGGCUUCCGGAGGAUCCUGAACUGGUUCAAGGAGGAAUACAAUGACCCUCCGAUUUAUGUCACGGAGAAUGGAGUGUCCCAGCGGGAAGAAACAGACCUCAAUGACACUGCAAGGAUCUACUACCUUCGGACUUACAUCAACGAGGCCCUCAAAGCUGUGCAGGACAAGGUGGACCUGCGAGGAUACACAGUUUGGAGUGCGAUGGACAAUUUUGAGUGGUCCACAGGCUUUUCAGAGAGAUUUGGUCUGCAUUUUGUGAACUACAGUGACCCUUCUCUGCCAAGGAUCCCCAAGGCAUCAGCCAAGUUCUAUGCCUCUGUGGUCCGAUGCAAUGGCUUCCCUGACCCCGCUACAGGGCCUCACGCUUGUCUCCACCAGCCAGAAGAUGCUGGACCCACCGUCAGCCCUGUGAGAGAGGAGGAGGUGCAGUUCCUGGGGCUAAUGCUCGGCACUGCAGAAGCACAGACAGCUUUGUACGUUCUCUUUUCUCUUGUGCUUCUUGGAGUCUGUGGCUUGGCAUUUCUCUCAUACAAGUACUGCAAGCGUUCUAAGCAAGAGAAAACACAACCAAGCCAACAGGAAUUGAGCCCGGUGUCUUCAUUCUGA